AUGAUUCCACAACAAUCAUUCAUUCCGCAACAACAACAACAACCCAUGAUCAUGCACAACACUGAUCCCAAACAAGGACACAUUCUCCAUUUGAAAAUCCAUUCAGGUCUGAAUCUACCCAAAGCCGACACGUUAGGAACGAUCGAUGCCUACGCUGUGGUGCAUAUCCCUCUCAUCGUUGGAAGUCCAAGCAGAGCCACUCAUAAAUCCAAAGUCAUUCCGAACAAUGUAAAUCCAGUUUGGAAAUGUUGGAUCUAUCAACAUGAUGUCGACAUUUCCAAGAAUUUAGAAAUUCAAAUCUUUGAUUAUGAUGCUGUGGGUAGUAAUGAUCUUGUUGCUACAUGCGAAAUUCCACUGAGUGGUUUAUCAGCCCCCAUCAUCAAGAAGGAGUUUUCAUUGACCAUGGUUGGAAAGUACAAACCCUAUCGUUCCGGAUCUCCUUCCAUGAUCACACUAUCUAUGGCCAUUGGAAGCUCUCAUGAAGUGGUAGCUGCCAAUCUCAUGUCUCGAUUUAAUCCCGUUCAUAAGGAUAUUUUCAAGAAGAAUAUCAUCUUUCCUCUCAGAUUUGCCAAUUUAUGUAUGAAGAUUUCCAUGAAGACACAUUUAAAGAUCAAGAUUUUGGAUUGCAAUGCGACUCGAAAUUUGGUGAUUAAUUUUGAAAUUCCUGGACGUGAUUUUCGAUCCAAGAUUACCUUUCAUCAAACUCCUAGAAAUGUGAUGGGCUAUCAAGUGUUUCGUGAAAUCAAAUUGAAAAAACCAAUUAAUUUGGCAAAGGCUUAUUUCCCUUAUAUCAAGUUGGUGACUUCUCCAUUCGUCGUGGUGGAUAGUAGUAAGGUUGUUGACAUUACCAGGAAACAUGGAUGGGCAGGUGUGUUGGAUUACAGUGCUGCAAAGAGAACUCUCAAGAAUAUUAUUCCUGAUGAUCGUCAUGAAAGUAUUUACAUGAUUGAGCAAUAUUAUUACCUUAAAUGUGAUUGGGAUUCAUCAAAUUCCGAUCAAAAAGUUGGUUUGUUAGAUCCAUAUCGUGCUCAAGGUUAUCAUGUUGAAAUUUCACACAAAGACAAGUCAGGAAGUGAGAUUGAAUAUUUUGCUUCUCCAAAACGUUUGCUAGAUACUCAACAUUAUUGUGGAGCUUGUUCUGAGGUGAAUGAUUUGAGCUAUCCUGUCAUUCAUGCAGAUAUGAAUAUUUUGCUGUUGCAAAAGACUCAACCUGUGUAUUAUGAUUUGUUUGCAUUGGCUCCAGUCUUGUAG